AAGAGUGGUGACUGCGCUCGUAUUUACCGGGGUGCAGCCUUGCGCGCUAAUAUUACUGUGCGAAUUUUACCCGUGGUGUGAAGGCCCCGCGCGCGCGCGACGCCACGUCAGCUCGCCCAGUGGUGCACCCACGUCGCCGUCAUCCUGACCUGCCCGAGAAAUCCUCAUGAAAGACUGGGAACUCAGUACUCAGAAUAGCAUCGGCAGUGCGGUGGCUGCAGCCGACACCAUUUCCGCGCCGUGGACUCCCACGAGUUCCGGGCCGCCGCCCGACGCGAACGGCUCCGGCUCGGAUACCAAGAACCUCGACGUUGGCGAAAUUAGCGAUGACGAGAAGGACCUAUCGGCAGCGGACGCGGAGGGUGUAUGGUCGCCGGAUAUCGAGCAGAGCUUCCAGGAAGCACUCACUAUAUAUCCGCCAUGCGGCCGACGCAAAAUCAUCCUGUCCGACGAAGGGAAGAUGUACGGUCGAAACGAGCUGAUUGCUCGUUACAUCAAACUGAGGACAGGCAAGACGAGAACGCGAAAGCAGGUCUCUUCUCACAUACAAGUGCUUGCUAGGCGAAAACUUCGCGAGAUCCAAGCGAAACUCAAAGUGGAUCAUGCCGCCAAGGAGAAGGCGCUGCAGACUAUGUCGAGCAUGUCGAGCGCCCAGAUAGUAUCAGCUGGGAGUGCGAUACACAACAAGAUGCCCCCCGCCCUCGUGGGGCCCCUUGCCCUUCAUGCUUCCACCCCUGUCUCCUAUCCCGGAGCGCAAUUCUGGCAACCGGGUCUGCAGCCAGGAACGUCACAAGAUGUCAAACCGUUUUCGCAGCCGGCGUAUACCGGAAAACCAGCGACAGCGGUUUCGAGCGGUGACAUGGUCCAGGCUCAACCACCCCCGCCCUGGGAAGGACGUGCCAUCGCAACCCAUAAGCUUAGGCUUGUAGAGUUCUCGGCCUACAUGGAGCAACAGAGAGACCAGGAUAUUUACCACAAGCACCUGUUCGUCCACAUAGGAGGAUCCGCGACUUACGCGGAUCCAUUGCUAGAGGCUGUUGAUGUCAGACAAAUAUAUGACAAGUUCCCAGAAAAAAAGGGCGGCCUGAAGGAACUUUACGACAAGGGACCACAGGCGGCCUUCUUCCUGGUUAAAUUCUGGGCUGAUCUCAAUACGAACAUUCAGGACGAGGCUGGAGCCUUCUACGGCGUAACAAGCCAGUACGAGAGUAACGAGAACAUGACGAUAACGUGUUCGACCAAAGUCUGCUCUUUCGGAAAACAGGUGGUGGAAAAAGUGGAGACAGAAUAUGCUAGGUUCGAGAAUGGCAGGUUCGUCUAUCGUAUUAGCCGUUCACCUAUGUGCGAGUAUAUGAUCAACUUUAUACAUAAAUUGAAGCACCUGCCGGAAAAGUACAUGAUGAAUAGCGUUCUCGAGAAUUUCACCAUUCUCCAGGUUGUAACGAACAGGGAUACGCAGGAAACUUUAUUGUGCACAGCAUACGUGUUUGAGGUGUCGACGUCCGAGCACGGUGCACAGCAUCACAUAUACAGAUUGAUCAAGGAUUAGCCUGCUUGAACCUGCUCGCCAUGCAGCCAUCCACCCCCAUCAGUGCCUACCAUCACAUAAAAAAAUUCAUCCAUACGCGCAUACACACGAUUAUACAUAAAAAUGUUAACCCUUUAAAGUGUUAUGGUUAUUUUAUACAACCACCAAUAUUAAGUUCUUUUUAUUUCAUCCCACAUUCGUUUUUUCAUCCUUCACCAGGGAUAUAAAUAUGAUAUUUGUAGAAUAAAUAUAAUAUUCAUAUCAUGCAUUGUGUGAAUACCAAAAUUUGAUUUUAAUUCACCUACAUAUGAAAUAUGUAAAUAUUUCUAAGAUUUUAUUUUCUCAUUUUUUCUAAAUUGUAAAUUUUUGUGAAGGUCAUUAAAAUGUACGCUUCAAGGGGUUAAGCGUGAAUACAUGAUUGUAAACACGCUCUUACUAUACAUGAGUACAUACAUUUCGCAUCUAUGUAUAACAGAGUUUCUAUCGAAAAUGUUCUGUUAUUAAAUGAAGGGAAAAAAUAUAUAUGAAACAUAUAGAAUCAUGUGUUUAUUCGAUGUUUAUUUUUACAAACAGAAAGUAGAUUGGGCGAUUGUUGUAUAAAUGUACUUUUUUUGCAUGAUUUUUAAUCUUAUCAUGUAAUUUUUAAUUCUAAUUAGGUGUUGUUUUGUUCAGUAUUUCCGAACAUUUUCUAUAAAACUCCUUAAAGAGAACUUGAAAUACACGAUACAUAAAUAUAUUACACAUACAUACAGGGAUACAUGUACACCUUCACACGUUCGAAGUACUGGCCAGCCCGAGCUUGAGUUUGAUUCAAAAAGCUGAAAGAAAUUGUACUAAAAACAAAAAGAAUUGGUACGCGUGUUUUAACGUAUCGUGGAAAGGAUUUCCUGCUUGUGGUCCGCAGGAAGCGCGUUCCAGAUGACGAAAUUGUAAAUUUUAUAUUAAAACAGAUAUAAUCAUAUAUAUAUAUAUAUAUAAAAUAUAUAUAUUUUAUGAAUAUUCCGUCAUUCGCUUGCAAACGAUCGAAUUUGUCGCGAUUUUAAUAAAAGAGAUAUAAUAAAAGUUAAGUUGAAAUUAACGACAAUAAAUUUGGUAUGGAAAAAAAUGCGUGUCGGGGAUAUAUAGUGUAUGUAUACCAAAAUGAAGAAGAGAAAAAAAUAGAAAAAAUACAUAAAAAAUAAGAAUAAUAUGAGAAACAGACUCUGAUCUCGGAAAGGCGUGGUACCAACAUAAUUUAGUAUUAUAGUUUUAUUAUUAAACUAGGAAAUAGAUCAGACAAGACAUCCACACACAGAUAUACAUAUAUUACAUAUAAGAAUAUAUAUGUUAAAUAUUAAUGCAAUGAUUACGAUUUACAUUGUUAUAAAUGAUCGUGUAUAAAGUUAUCUAAGUGAUUUCUAAGUUUUAAACGAAAUGGAAGUUGAAUAGAGAGAUAAUGCCAUUAUGAUUUCUUAAGUUUCCUUGCUUACAAUUAUCAUUAUAGUUCUCUUUUUCUCUUUUUUUAAUUAUCCAACCAAGUAAGGUUGAAGAGUAAUCAUUACAACAGAUCUUUUCUUAAGCUUUUUGUUGGUAGAACUGUUUUUUCUUCUUUUUUUUCUUAGCUGUAUUACAACUAACGGUAAGAAUUUUUUGCUGCAAAGCUUUUUAAUCCUCAAUGAUCAGAUGAAAGAAAAUAAUGAUUUUUACUUUUUGGAAGAGUCUUUUAAUAAACGCACUUACAGCUGUGCAAACCCACCCACUCUUAGGCAGCGACAUUUAGAUUAGAGGGAUGUGUUUGUAUUUCCUGUAAUCAUUUUAUUUCUUACUCUAAAAUCUUUCUUCCUUAUUCUCCUUUUUUUGUUCUUUUCCUCUUUCUAUAGUUCUUACACGAAUGACUUUUCUUACUUAGCGUACUUCGUUUGUUUUUAUCUUUCUACUACACAUUUACUGAAGCGAGUACAUCAGAUUCUAUCGAUUGCGCGCACUAGAUACGGACGACGUCCAUCGAACAGAGAUAUUCUUCUCUCUAACUUGGUGAUACAAUCAUCUUAAUGCUUUUCAAUCGGAGAACAUUGAAAUUAGUUCAAGAGCAUAAAAAUAAAAUCCGAUCCUUGAGCGUGAUUCUCCAGUUUUUUGAUGAACAAGUACUACGUAAUAACGUGACUUCAUCGCAGCUCUCUAAAUUUGAGCGCACUUUCAACAGAGUUCAUUCAAAACCUUGUUUAUGUUUCGUACUUAAUAUCAUUUCGAUGUAUGGACCAGAAAUGUUUGACAUUCAGAUUCUGUUUUUCAGUAACGAUCACAUAAAAGAGUAGAGGACCAUAUAUUAAAAAUCCUACAGUUAAUUUUAUUUAAUCACAUCUCUCACAGAGACUACACAUAUUGUGAAUGCACAGGAAUCUUUUUUUCGUAUUCUUUAAUCUGAUCAAUUCCUUGUUCUGAAACAGGACUUGCCUAUGGAGCAGUGAAUAUUAAGAUAAUACAGAAACAAAUUAUGUAUACUUUUAAGGAAAUAAUUAAUACUUACUGUAUUCUUUACUUUAAUUAAUUUUUACGCAACAAGUGGCAAUGUAUUUUGAUCUCUCUUUUAGUCAGAAAUAUGUCACUUUUUAUUCGGGAUGAGAAUUAAAUUCGCUAAGUGAUUGACUGAAUAACGAAGGAACUUACAUAUUUAAAUAAUAAUAUAUGUGGCUUUCGUUCAGUAACUGGCAGCUUUCACAAUUUUCGCAGUUUUUACUUAUUGUUACCUUUUUUUUGUAAUAAUUCAUUGUAAGAUUCGUUUUUACGUAUUAUAUCUAUAAAUUGUAAUUUUGCGCUAAAUUGUGUCUAUAUUAAGGCGGAGUUGGAACCAUUAAUAUAAUUUCGGAAAUCGUGACUGAUUUCAAAUUUGAUUGUUAGUUUUUGUUACUAAUAAUUAUUAAUAUUUGAAGAGUAUUUAUAUAGAAAAACAUAAAAUGGAAGAAUAUGAAACGAAAAUAAUAAUACAUUGCGAUGAGAAUGAAUUUGUUGAUGUUAAUUAAAUAAAGAAACAUUUGAUGGUUCUAACUCGACCCGAAAUAAAUCGUUAUUAUUAAAAAAGCAAGGAAUUAUGCAAUAUAUUUAGAAGAUACUCAAAUAUCGUUUUGGUUAUGCGAAUUUUUACUUUAACAAAAAAGGAAAAUUACGAGGAAAAAAGGGAGGAGUUUGAAAUCGCAAAAAAGAAGCACCGACACUAAUAUUAUUAACAUUAACGAAUAAUGAUUUUAAAAUAAGCGAAUUACAUUUAUAAGGAAAGAUUAUAAAAAUAUAUAUUUAUCUAUGUCUUCUGUGAAGAUAGAAAAUAGCACUCUCUCACUCUAUAUUGAUGAUAUCAGAUAAAAAGGAAAAAAAUUGAAAUCCAUAAAGAUAAAAAACGCAGAAGUAGAUUAGGAAGGAAAUGAAAGGAUUUGCACUGUACACAAUACAUGAUACGAUCGAUGACAAACCGACGAAAUUUGUUAAAUAUCUUUGUACAUAUUUACAUAAAAAAGAAAUCAUCAAAAGAAAAAGUUCCAGUGAUUACGUUUUGUGUACUGCAUAAAAUACUUUGACGAGAACAAAAAAUUCAUUUAUUGUAAACCGUAAAAUCUUUUGAAAUUAAAAAAAGGUGUAGUAGUUUUUCGUCAGUAUUUUCAUAGAGACUCGUGUGUAAAAAUUAUUUGUUUAUGGUAAUUUGUUUAGUCAUUAAAAAUUACAGUAAUAAAAUAGUCGAAAUAUUAAUGUUUUUAAAUAAAUAUUGAUAAUGUAUUAAAUAAAUAUUGAUUUGAAAAUAAUUCAAUUUUUUUAAUUUUAACUUUACGAAAUUACUAUCUCUAUGAAAACAUCGACUAUGAUUCUUAUAAUAGCUAAAUUAUUUACAAAAAUAGGAAACUCACUGAUCUAUUUGCAAUUUAUAUUCUUCAUAUCCUGGAACUGCCAUAUCAAAGAAUUGAGCUUGAUUAUAAAAAUGAUUAAAUGAAGUAAUGAUCAGAAAGAAUGGGAUCUACCUGUAUAUUAUCAUAAAUAAAACGAAACGAGGAUCAAAGUAGUUGAUUUAACAAGUAAAUAAAGAACGAAAUGAUAUAUCAUUAAAUUAGAGGUUUAAAAAUAUAAUAGAAUUCAGUAUAUGUACAGUAUUUGAAAAACAUGUUUAUAAUUUGUAUGGAAAAUAAAUAAUUGAUAUAAAAAGAAA